AUGAUUAGAAAUUGUUUGAAUUUGGGAAUACGAAAUUCCCUGAGCUUCGCACGCACGGGCCAGCCGUUGGCUUCAAGUAUCGCCAUCAGAUCACUGUCGUUAAAACCAAACUUUUCGAAAUUGAAGCUCACUCCACCACCACCCGGUGGUGUUGUUGGUGGGGUAAAUGAUAAGCUAGAAACUCCUGAAAUUGAUUUCUUCCACGGCUCGUAUCAUUGGGAUUAUGAAAGAAUCACUGCUAUUUCUCUGAUUCCACUGACGUUAGUGCCAAUGUAUGGGGCACUAUCAAGUGGAACGCUUUAUCCCAUGGUAGAUGCUACCCUUUGUAGCGUCCUGCUGAUACAUGCUCAGCUGGGCUUGACUAGCUGUAUCGUAGACUACAUACCAAAACGGAAAUUUGGUGUAUGGCAUUCACUAGCAAUGGCAUCGUUAUACGCUGGCACAGCUGUGGGAUUAUAUGGUGUUUAUGAGCUCGAGACUAGUAAUAAUGGGUUGAUAGAUCUCAUCGGGAAACUUUGGAAGGAUGAAGAGGCAGACUUGCCUAUAUUCUCGAGGUAUUGA